AUGAGCCGUGCCAUCGUAAACCGUUCCGCUCGUCUCUUCUCGACUAGCCGUGCUGCUUUCCGUACCGAGACUGACGCCUUCGGCCCUAUCGAGGUCGAGGACGACAAGUACUGGGGUGCUCAGACCCAGCGAUCUCUGCAGAACUUCAAGAUUGGCGGUCCCCGUGAGCGUCUUCCCGAGCCCCUCAUUCGCUCCUUUGGUAUCUUGAAAAAGGCUGCCGCUGAGGUGAACGAGACUUACGGUCUUGACCCCAAAAUCGCCGACGCUAUCAAGACUGCUGCCCAAGAGGUUGCUGAUGGCAAGCUCACAGCUCACUUCCCUUUGGUUGUUUUCCAGACCGGUUCUGGUACCCAAUCCAAUAUGAACUCUAACGAGGUCAUCUCCAAUCGUGCUAUUGAGCUGCUUGGUGGUGUGCUCGGCUCCAAAAAGCCUGUCCACCCCAACGACCACGUCAACAUGUCUCAAUCCUCUAACGAUACCUUCCCCACGGUUAUGCACAUUGCCGCCGUCACUGAGAUUGAGAAGACUUUGAUCCCCGCUCUCAAAGAUCUGCAUGAGGCUAUUCUCGCCAAGUCAAAGGAGUUCGAGCACAUCAUCAAGAUCGGCCGCACCCAUCUCCAGGAUGCUACUCCUUUGACCCUGGGCCAGGAGUUCAGCGGUUAUGCUGCCCAGCUUGAGAAUGGCAUUGCCCGUGUUAAGGACACCCUGCCCCGUCUUUACUAUCUUGCUCAGGGUGGUACCGCCGUCGGCACAGGUUUGAACACCCGUAAGGGUUUCGCUGAGGCCGUUGCGGAGCGCGUUUCUGUUGCUACUGGCUUGCCUUUCAAGACUGCACCCAACAAGUUUGAGGCUUUGGCCGCUCACGAUGCUAUCGUUGAGGCAUCUGGUGCUUUGAACACCGUCGCCGUGUCUCUGUUCAAGAUUGCCAACGAUAUCCGUUACCUUGGCUCUGGUCCUCGUUGCGGUUACGGCGAACUCAAGCUGCCUGAGAACGAGCCCGGCUCCUCUAUCAUGCCUGGUAAGGUCAACCCUACCCAGAACGAGGCUUUGACCAUGGUCUGCACUCAGGUGUUCGGCAACCACGCCGCCAUCACCUUUGCAGGUGCAUCCGGACAGUUCGAGCUCAAUGUUUUCAAGCCCGUCAUGAUCCAGAACUUGCUGAGCUCCGUUCGCCUGCUCGCUGAUGGCUGCAACUCCUUCCGCAGCCACUGUGUUGUGGGUAUCGAGGCUGACGAGAAACGCAUCAGCACUCUCCUGCACGAGUCCCUGAUGUUGGUUACUGCCCUCAACCCCAAGAUCGGUUACGACAAGGCUUCUCAGGUCGCUAAGAACGCUCACAAGAAGGGUCUCACUCUCAAGGCUUCUGCCCUUGAGCUCGGUGUUUUGACCUCUGAGGAAUUCGACGAGUGGGUGCGCCCCGAGAACAUGAUUUCUCCUAAAUAA